AUGCGAGUAGGAUCUACCGGGCCAUUCCACUCCAUACCUCAAGGGACGCCACAGCCCUGCACAAGGUUCUUAAAAGUUCAUCUUCUUGUUGGAGGACCACUAUACUUUUUAGUUGAGCCCAAGUCGCGCACGAAGGAUCUCUACGCAGAACUAUGCAGUUACAUGAAGUCCCAGGGAAUGCAAGACACCGCUCUUUUCGGAUUGUCAGUCCUAUUAGAUGGCGAAUACAUAUUCAUUGAACCGGACUACAAAUUAUCCAAAUAUGCUCCGAAAAGUUGGAGGUCUUCAUCAACAAAUGGAUUGGACAGUAAUGGAAAACCACUGUUGGAAUUGUACUUCCAAGUCCAGUUCUAUGUUGAAAGUCCCCUUCUUCUCCAAGAUGAAGUCUCAUUGGAACACUAUUACUGUCAACUUCAAAAGAAUGUAUUGGAAAGAGGUAUGCUACAUCCUUCGUCUUCUCAACAGGCCCUGUUUAUUUUGGCAGGGCUUGCUCUGCAAGCUGAACUUGGGGAGACCCAUGAUAGCCAAUGUUACUCAAAACCUCAUAACUAUCUUCCGCAACAGCUGGUUGAAUCAUGCGGUGAGAGCCGGCUUACACAAACUUUGGCUUCACUUCAUCGAGCAAACAGCGGGUUGAGCAAAUCGUUAGCCAGGCAACAAUACAUCAGAGAAGCUAGUUCCCUUGAAACAUCUCCUAUACCUCACAACUCUCAUGUAUACAGGCUACGAACAUCAAAACAAGAACCACAGCCUGGUUCUGUACUUCUCGCCAUCUGUACUCGGGGUGUUGAAAUAUAUCAGGAAAGUUCUCAAAAACCAAUUAAUGGAAAAUUUCUUUGGAAUGAUAUAGGCAAACUUUGUUUUGAUAGGAAAAAAUUUGAAAUUCGUGGAGUCAAUUCGGCAGUCGGAGAAAAAUUUUGUUACUAUACUAGCAGUGAUGAAAAAAGCAAACAUUUAUUAGCUCUGUGCAAAGUAACCCACCAAUACAGUAUGGCAAUGCAACCAAAACUUGCUCAAAUCAGAGGACGAGAAGAAAAUGAGAGAAAACAGUACCGUGAAUGGCCAGUAGAAAUAGGAAAAUAUACCACAAGGUAUGGUGGAACUGGGGAACAAAGAAUAUCCGUUAUUUCAUCAACAUCUUCAACGACAACUUCUGGAAUCGUCUCUGACAGAGUUCAUAGUUUAGAUGAGAGUGAAGAUGAUUUGGAAUUGGAAAUCAUGAUCAAUUCACCACCUGCUCCAUCAGUAGAAUCCCUAGCUUUGGCGCACCUUUGUGAAAGUGCUCAAACAACACCUAGUCCUCAGCCCAACUAUGAUCUAAAACAAGGAGCAGACUGUGUGGAUGGUCACAAAAUAAGUCCUGUUGCAAUGACACCAGCAACUACGGAUGGUUCUCAAUGCUCGAGUUCUGCUUCUACCAUUGUUGUCCAACAACAACAGCACUCUCCGGAAACAAUUAGUAAUAAUACUAUGGUGAUAAGAUGUGAAAGUGUAACAUCAAGCUUAGAACUUGGUUAUAGUCACACCGCUCAGCAUUCUGGAUUAUCUGGGAGUGCAGAGCUCGACUACUCAGUACAAUCAAAUCAUUGCACCACAAGCUCAGGAGUGUUCACUCUCGAUGAAGCAUCUGACAACCAUACUGUUUUAGAAACUGUUGCAAGCAGCAGCGGCAUUGGUCUUGAAUCUCAUGGACAGAGGUCACGGUCUGGUUCAUUGGUUAGUAAUAAUGGGAGUUUUCAUGGAGAUGGGUCAGAUCCAUCUGAUGCAGGAAGAGGAAAUCUUCUGACUGCUGAAGAGCUAUCCAAUCUAAUUGUGCACAGAAGUCCUAAACCAAGAAGAGGAGUCUACCCUACAAGAGCAACUGUUAGUUCCACGCUAGAUUCUUGUUCGGACUAUGUUACUCUUCCUCCUCCUCCAUUACCGCCACCAAGACAAAAUCUGAAUGAAAAGAAUUAUGUAGUACUGGAGCAACCAAAGCAACAUUCACCAAAUAUUUAUUAUUCACAAAAUAUGCUCCCUCCAGUAAUGGUGCCACCGCAUUAUCAAUAUAUUUCAGACAUUGCUCAUCCCCUUAAUUCUCUUCCAUCACCCACCACUGAAGAAUCAAAUACUCGAUACAUUACUUCAAAACAGAUCAAUGUACUUGCUGCUCAUUCAGGUUAUAUGAAUUCUAAUCCUAACUUCUCUAAUGCACGAUAUGAUCCAUCUUCAAGGAUGAAGUUAAAUUCAAACAUGAUACCAAUCGUCGGAAGUAACAAUUACUUAGAUGUGAGGCAGUCUUACCUUCAACAAUACCAUCCAUCACCACCUCAUCUAGUUACUAGGCAGCCUCCACCUCCACCACCCAGACCUAAUUUGGCAACAGUUUACACCAGCCAGGUCACCAGAUCUCAAAUUGAACAGUUCAAACAGCAAUUAUACUCAGAUGUUGAUUACGUGAUGUAUCCAAUAAAAGAUCCAGCUGUUUCUAAACAGGAAUAUUUGGACUCGAAGAUAGCUCUUGGAUAUAGGCAAACCCCACCUCCACCAUACCCAAGUGGUAAAAAUAUAAUGUAUAGAAGCACUCCUAAUGUCGCAGUUGCCAGUGGCUACCUUCCAGUUUAUAACAAACAACUCGCUCACAACAAAUUUGCAUCAAAUCAAAAUCUCUCAGACUAUUAUGCUCCAUCCUUCCUCUCUAGUUCUCCACUGUACUCGGCAGCAGCAAGCUAUUCUUCAUCUUCUACUCAUAGUCUACGUUUUGACCCUCUGCACCAGCCAAUUCCUCCGAUGACCAUGCCAACUUCAUUCCAUAGAACUCUUUCAGAUGAUAACAUCUUAAACUUUGAGAGACCUCUGCUAGAACGUGUGAAAUAUAGGAGACCACCACCGCCGAUACCAACUGAUUCUGUUACUUCCACACCUCUUGAGGCCACUGCUGGUUUAACUUCCCCUGUUCGGAAGUCACCUCCACGCAGGGACCCUCCUCCGGAAACGCCAUUGGACAUCAGUUCAUUGAGAGAAAAAAGUAAAAAUCUUGACCUUCCUUUAAUUUCUGCAUUAUGCAAUGACCGUAGUCUUUUGAAGCAAACUAAUGCCUUCGUGAUGCCUCGACACCCAGAAAAAAGUAGGCCUCAAUCCUGGCACGUUGACUCAUCUGCAUCAACAGCUGAUCUAACUGGAAAAAAAUCAAUAUUUUCAACACUUCUUUCAAAAUCAAUUUCAAAUCCUACAUCACCCUCUUCUAAGAAUUCAAAACUGAAAUACCCAGUGUCAGGUUUGUCCACAAAUCAAAUAGUAAAAGCCAACCGAAAAACUGUCAGUCGGCAUAAACAUCCAGAAGUUAAAGUUGAUCAAGUUAAAGUAACUAGAAGUCAGAGCACUGGUGGAUCUUCCUCCAAGGAUAUUCGACAGUAA